GAAAGCGGUGAAUGGACGUCACAGUGGUCGUAGUUAAGUAUCGCGAGAGUUCGCUUCGCACAGUAUUUCCAUCAUGGCAGGCAGUAAGUUGGUGCUAGAAGGAAGAGUAAGUAUAAACGCAUUUAUUUUAGGGCUCAGCGUGAUUGUAAUCCCAUUGACCAGAACCUGGUUUGGACAUCUUGACUGGGUCUUUGAUUACCUGACGGAAACUCCCGGGAAAAUAGCGAUUUGCAUCCAUAUUGCAGUUGUCAACGGCCUCUUGCUAAUCAUAUACAGGGGACCUCUGUACAAGGUUGCUGUGAGAUCCUGUUUCCUGGGAGUUACUUUCGGCUGUGGCUUAAUUAUAAGCUGCUCUGAGACCACCUGGACACAUUUUGGCUGGUACAUGUGCUCGCUGUCGUUCUUCCAUUACUCUGAGUACCUGGUGACGGCCAUCAUUAACCCUCGCAGCCUGUCGCUGGACUCCUUCCUGCUAAACCACAGUGUGGAGUACACUCUAGCUGCUGUCUCGUCAUGGGUGGAGUUCACAGUGGAGAAGCUGACUGUUCCAGAGCUGAAGCAGCUGAACUGGUUGAGCCUUGUGGGUCUGCUCAUGGUGCUUUGUGGUGAAGGCCUUCGUAAGGCGGCAAUGCUGACGGCUGGUUCAAACUUCAACCACAUCGUCCAGAAUGAAAAGGCCCAUAGCCAUGUGCUGGUCACCAGCGGGGUCUACUCUUACUUCAGACACCCAUCGUAUGUGGGCUGGUUCUACUGGAGCACAGGAACACAGGUCAUGCUGUGUAACCCGAUUUGUGUAUUGGGCUACACAAUAGCCAGCUGGCGGUUCUUCAGGGAGCGGAUCGAGGAGGAGGAGCUCUCCCUCAUCCAUUUCUUUGCAGAGGACUAUGUGGAGUACAAGAAGAAGGUUCCUACUGGGCUGCCCUUCAUCUCAGGCAUCCGUGUCAACUAGUCCUAGGAGCAGGAUGCUAGACAUAACAGACUUGAAGCACUGAAGCUGGUCAGACCUGGCAGGUUUGUGUCUGCCAUGGCGGCUGCCCUCUGUAGAGAAACCAUGCAGCUGGCUGAAAGCCUGUAGCUAGCAGACAGAGACCAUGACAGUUUGGACAGCAGCAGGGCUGCUGUUUUUCUACCAACUUCCGAAAUCCAGUUAAAGACCAGACAACCUCCACCCUUCAAAAAUUAUUCCAAUAACAGCCACUCUUUCAGUUUCUUGUGCUUCUGUUUGCAUGCUUUUACCAUGCUUAGUGUUUUCGCUGAUGACUUGUGUUGAAUGAUACAUCAUACAUGCAGAGCCAUGACCAUUCUUUUAAUGGCAAAUGUUUGGAGAUCUUUGAGAUUCACAGGAACUGCACCAAGUUCACUAUGGUCUGUUUUUUUUUUUUUAAAGAUAAGUUUCUUAAUGUUUUCAAGAAAUUUCCACCACUGUCUCUGGGUAGGACCCCUAAAAACUGUGUAUUUCACCUAGAUGGAUGUGGUUUUGCAAGACGUAGCAGUGCAUGGUUGUGCAAGCUUCUUACAUUCAGAAGUAAUUUCACAUAGUAUAAAGUGAGAAGAAUUUCAGAUAAAAAGCAAGUGGUGGGAUCUGUCACAUAACUUUCAUCCCGGACACAGGCGUUGUGCUCCUGUGUGAUACUCUAAUGAUCUUUCUUUUUUAGACUUAAGGUUUAGGUGAAACGUAAGGUCACAAGCAGUGUUUAAAAAAAAGAGUGAGGUUAAGGCAAAGAUUAGAUUAAUGAACAACUUUUUAGAUACAAUUUUUAAAUUUGCUAGUUCAUCCAAAGAGGCACAUCUGGCACAUCACACUGUGUGUGAUGCAGGACAAAAGGCCUGGGUGACUUUUUAGGGAUUCCCAUUCCUAGGUUGGCAAUAGUCACCAUUCUAAAUUAGUCAUUUUAAAACUGGACAGUAUCUUAAAAUAAUACCCUACAGAAAAGCUCUCCUCUGAAUAUCAGUCCAUAUGGAAGAUGGCAGAUCCUACAGCAUAAUCACUCUGGUUUCUCCACACCCAGGCUUAAUGAUUUCAUUUUAGGGCUUUGUCUCCUCGUAGCUGCUAAAAGCCCGGCCACAAGUUGUGUGGAUAGGGUUGAUUUAAACAACAGUGACAAGACACAUCUAGAUAUUAUCAGAAUUGUAUUCUUUUAAGUUUCCCUGAUAAUUUACAGGUUGAAACGUCUAACAGAAUGGACUGUGUAGAGCACUAAAGCCAUCCACUAAAACAAAGAAACAGGGAAUUCUAGAGUUUAUAAGCUCUUGAACACAGGGUGAAGCAGUGCAUCCAGAGUGGUAAAUGGGGCAGUACAUUUUUGUGGAUGACUGUAUCAAUACAAUUAUUAUUUAACUAAAAUAGAAUGGAUACAAUUAGCUAAGAAAGUAAUGGACUCUAUCAGGUUUUUGAGACUAUUUAUUUAGAUGUAAUUAGUGAGGAGGCUGUUGAAUUUCCAGGCUAAUUUAAGGUUAAUAGUCACCUAAUUUAUGCCUGUUAGGAUAGUCACUUCCUCAUUUUGCACUGAGGCUAAAACAAAUCACUCACAACAUCUUCCUUGUUUGUCUGUCGGUUCAUUGUCAGCUUGUAUACACAGGGACACGAUGCAUAAUAGCUGAUAAGUUGUGUUUCAUUAAAUAACAGCUGGGUUCACCUCCGAGUGUUAUCUUUAUGGAAAAAAGGGAGUGUUGACACCUCCUUUGUUGUAGCGGCUUUUGUGUUUCAUUUUUGUUGCUCUUUGAUAUGCUGUACAUCAUUAGUUGUCUUGUGUUGUUAAUGUGUCCAAUCAUUUUCAUCAGCAUCACUUCAUUAUUGUUUUCCCCCAACGACCAGUCAAAAUCACUGUAUUAGGAACCAACCAAAUGACUGAGAUGUAUACUGGUAAAGGGACUGAAAGAUGCUGUCUGUCUCUGUCCUUCCCUUGCUGAAUGUCUUCACAGUGCUGCUAUCCACUCUCCAAACCCUGACCUCACUGUGAGAGAGAGACAGAGAAUUCAGUAAAAAAAAAAAAGGUUCCCUGUUAAGUUUUAAGUUGUGAAGGCUUCACAGGGUAACAUUAAUGAAUACAACAUAUUUUUAGAAGAUUGUCCAGUUGGUCAGCUCCUGUACAAACAAAUGACCAACAUCAGAAAGAUUAUUCUCCAGGGAAAUUUGCAAUAGUAUAUUAAGUAGUCUAUGACAACACACUGACAGCACGCAAAAUUAAAGCAGCAUGGCACUAACUUAAGGUUGCUUAGCAUAGCAUGUUGUAGGGUACACAUGGUGUUUGAUAAGGUUUGCUGCAGUUUUAGCAUAUUCAUUACCAUCAGCCUAUCCUAAGGUACAGAUCCUGCUAAUUGAUACCUAUGUCAACCCUCAGGACUAGCAUGGGAUACUCAACAAAUUCAUUAAUUUUGUCUUAAUUUGGCCAAUUGCACAAUCUACUAAAUACUGUGUUUGUUAUGCAGACAAAACAAUGCGCAUGUGUGUUUGUGCGAUUAUAUACAUGCGUUUUGGAA